AUGACUUGGGCAUCCAUUUCAAAUGCAUAUCCCAUUUUUGCACAGCAGGGUUAUGAAAAUCCACGAGAAACAACCUGUCGCAGUCAAUAUUCAUUGUAUUCCUCCUAUCAAUAUCAUCAUUCUUAUGAGUCCCAAGAUAAGCCUAUUUCCCAAAGAUCUAGGUUGGGGAAGGUUGCAACUUCCAUAGUGUUCCCUUGCCAAUUACUUGUAUGGAGAACUUCUAAGCACAUUCAACGUAACUUGGGAGAUGCAAUUAAGCAAAAAGAGAAUGCACCCGAUCGAGAGACAAUAGCCCCUCCGUCAAAGGUGGGGUCAAUGGUAAGACCGGCGGUGUAUAGGAAAAAGGAGAGGGUGUACAGAACAAAAAAGAUUACAGCAAUUGAUUUUGACCAACCCAAUUGA